AGGGGACAGUUCGGCAGCCCGCCGCCACCACUGCGCUAGCCUGUGGGGUAGUGCGUGAGCCGCGAACUAGUCGCGUGGCUGGGUCGCAGAACGCGCUGGAGACGGUUGGCGUCCGGCAUGGCCCGGCGCCAGCCGGCCUUGGUGCUGUUGCCUCUGAUGCUCCUGGCGCGGACAACAGCUGUCCAGCUCUCCCCCGACUACCAGUACUUCGGCGACAAGGGAGAAGGUGACACCUGGGAGCUGCUGCGGCAGCAACAUCAAAAGGUCUUGGAGGAUUCGAUCCUAGGCCCCUGGGGAAAGUGGCACUGUUUCUGCAACCUGGGCAAACAAGAACGCAGCCGCGAGGUGCUGGGCACAGCUCCAGAUCCCAUGGUGUUCAUGGAUCGAGAGAACCUGGUCCAGACGAGGCCCUGCAGGCAAAGGGAUUGUCCAUCCUGCAAGCCAAUCGACUGCAACUGGAGGCCCUGAACCCAGCAGCGUCCACGAGCAAGGCACGAGAGACCCCGGGGCGGAGCUCGGAAAGUGACCCGGUGCAAAGCACGCCCUCCGUUGCCUCCCGUGGGGACUACAAUUCCCAGGAGGCCGCACG